AUGAGGCCCCUCCAACUUUGUGCCUUUGCGCUGGGUCUUUGCUCGGUAGACGCCUAUCUGGUAGCCCCUCCAGGAACACCCGCACCAGGGGCUGCGUCGGGCUGUAGCGAUUGGGUGCAGGCCUCCUACGGCCUGACAUGCAAUAUAAUUCACCGCUUCUAUGGAAUGACUGAUGUCGAAUUUGAGAAAUGGAACCCUAGUGUCAGUCAGCUAGGUGAUGGCUGUAACUUGAUCUCGGGUCUCUACUAUUGCGUUCAGGUCAACUAUGUCUCACAAACUCCAACAUGGACGGCACCUGCGACUACUACGACCUCGGCCGGGAACGGCAUCACCACACCAACUCCUACACAGGCUGACAUGGUGAAGAACUGCAACAAGUUCUACAUGGUUGUCAGUGGUGACUCCUGCUAUAAUAUUGCAACUGCCCAGGGAAUAUCUCUUGAUAACUUUUACGCCUGGAACCCUGCAGUUGGAAGCUCCUGCACGGGCCUCUGGCCUGACUAUUAUAUCUGUGUUGGUGUGCUAUCAGGUACCACUACAUCUGCCCCCACUACUACGACCACAACCACGACCACGACCACGAUCUCCGUGACCACAACCACGGUUGGAAAUGGGGUUGCCACUCCUACGCCAGUUCAGACCGGCAUGGCGACCAAUUGCAAGAAGUUCCAUCUUGUUGUUAGUGGAGAUGGUUGUUACGAUAUUGCUGCGGCUGCCGGGGUCGCUCUGAAUGACUUCUAUUCCUGGAAUCCCGCUGUGGGAAAUACUUGUGCUGGCCUUUGGCCUAAUUACUACGUCUGCGUAGGCAUCAUCGCUAUUUCAGCUACCACUUCAACUACGACUAAGACAACGACUACGAGCUCCGGCAACGGUGUUGCCACUCCCACGCCAGUUCAGACCGGCAUGGUGACCAAUUGCAUGAGGUUCCAUCUUGUUAUUAGUGGAGAUGGUUGUUACAAUAUUGCUGCGGCUGCCGGGGUCGCACUGAAUGAUUUCUAUGCCUGGAAUCCCGCUGUGGGAAACACUUGUGCUGGCCUUUGGCCUAAUUACUACGUCUGUGUGGGCAUUAUCGCUAUUUCAGCUACCACUUCAACUACGACUAAGACAACUACUACGAGCUCCGGCAACGGUGUUGCCACUCCCACGCCAGUUCAGACCGGCAUGGUGACAAAUUGCAAGAGGUUCCAUCUUGUUAUUAGUGGAGAUGGUUGUUACAAUAUUGCUGCGGCUGCCGGGGUCGCACUGAAUGACUUCUAUGCCUGGAAUCCCGCUGUUGGAAACAAGUGUGCUGGUCUAUGGCCUAAUUACUAUGUCUGUAUUGGUAUUUAG